CUCUCAUUUUUCUCUACAGUCAUGUGAUCGCCAUAUAGUACAACUCCGUGGGAGCCGAAAGCAGACAGGCGGACUGCUGCGCUGCGCUGCGCUGCGCUGCGCUGCGUGGAUAGUGUCAAGGGUAAAUCCUGCAUAGAGAAACAACUCUUUAACAGAUCCAGAGGAUGAAACAGACCGACUCCGAACCCCUUAUUUUCGGAUGCUGACCACGAAAUCCAGUAUCCAGCCUGGACACCUUGGAUUGUUUCCUGGACAGUUACUUUUCCACUCCAGGUGUUGCAGGUUUUCACCAUAGUGGGAAGGGUGGCCUUGGUUACUUUGGUUUAUUUGGUCUACCCUUCUCCAUUGCCAAGGACUCGUUCUAUUGCAUACCGUUGUAAACAUUGACUGCAGAAUCCAGUCAGAAAGACUGUUUGGCCAGGAAUGGUGGAUAGCUCUCCAGUGAGCGGAAAUACUUUCUUUCCAUAUUGUUGUUCUCCACAAGCCUACCACCAAUUAGACAUGGUCUCAGACCUGGGCUCCUACCAGGUGAUUCCAUCACAAUUUUCAGAUGAUGAUGUAAGUGUGUUAUCCAGCCCUCGUUCCUGCUCCAGCCCAGACUCCCAGGAACUGAGCUCCAGCUGCGGUAGCAACUCUAGUGCUGAAGGUCAGGACAGCAUCUUGGACCACCUGCUCUCACAAACCUCCUUAGGAAGUGCCAACAGUGCCUCUGCGAGGUCUGCUGCCUCUGUAUCAUUAUCCACCUUCCAAUGGGACUUGAGGAGAGAUGAGCCCUCCAAACAUCAGCCAGUAAAGGAGGAAGACUUUGACUUCAUCACUUGGUCAAAUGUGGAGACAGAAGAACAGCUUGGCGGGUCAUUCCAGCCCACAUUGGAAGAGAUUGAAGAAUUCCUUGAGGAGAAUAUGGAGAUGGUCGCAAUAAAGCAUGAGGGGGUUGAAGUUGAACCAGAAGAGACUUCUGGUCUAGAUGGGGGUCUGGAUUGUUGCAGGGCAUCCACUUCUGAGCCUAAGUUGGAGCCAGAGACCAAGUAUUCAGACCACACUGUCCCCAUUGCCAGCACUUUUAGUCCAGCCAUAGCUGCCUCCGCUGUGAACAAAGCAGCAUUGGUUAACCCAACACAUGAAUCUGGUGCAGGGGCCAGGAAAACAUCAACCAACAAACCUUCACUACUAGAAAGGGACACAAAUUGCAAUGGGAUGCCAGUAAUCCUACAGAUUCAGCCUAUUCAUGUAAAGCAGGAGCCCACAAUAACCAGAGUUACCCCAGCAGCCCUGCCCUCACAGCCUGCCUCAGCCUCAGACAUCAAAAUUGCGCAGUUACUGGUCAACAUCCAAGGACAGACAUUUGCCCUGGUGCCCCACAUCUUGCCAUCCCCCAGCUUUAGUGUCUCCAAGUUUGUGCGGAUUGCACCAGUCCCCAUAGCAGCCAAACCUCUUGGGCUCAGUGACAGCUUUUCCAGUCAGCAAUCUGGGAUUCUCAUAGGAGGUCAAAAGUUCCAGAAGAGUCCUGUUGCAGAUCUUAUUAAAAUGCACAAAUGCUCUUUUCCAGGCUGCACCAAGAUGUACACAAAAAGCAGCCACCUGAAGGCCCACCUGAGGAGGCACACCGGGGAAAAGCCUUUUGCCUGCAACUGGCAGGGCUGUGGAUGGAGGUUUUCACGGUCUGAUGAGUUGUCCCGUCACAGGAGAUCCCAUUCAGGUGUCAAGCCCUACCAAUGUCAUGUAUGUGAAAAGAAGUUUGCCCGCAGUGACCACCUGUCAAAACACAUCAAAGUCCACCGUUUUCCACGAAACAGCCGGACAGUUCGUUCAGCAAACUGACUCUUCUCUGCAGUUCCAUUGAUCACAGGGAAUGCUUAAAUCAACUUCACAGAGAAUUAUGCCACAGCAGCAAAAUUGGACUGUAAGGAUGUAGUACUUUCUGUGCCAACAACCCAAAGCCUUGCUCUGAAUUUGAGCUGUCUGGGAUUUAUUGUAAUGAACUAGAAACCAAGCUAAAGUUCUUGAUUUGGCAUCUUGUGGUCAUGACGUAGUAUCUGCAGGGGAAACAAACACGGGGUUCAACCACCACUGCAUUUGUGCUGAUAAGCUUGUUUUCUUUUAGUCAGGAUUAUAUGAUGCUUUUAUGUCCAGUCUGAUUUUUAGUUUCUUCUGAGCUGUCUUGUACAUUCUAACUUGUUAUUUGGAUCCCGAUCAGAGACUAGAGAGGUAAUAUUCUUACUCUGCUCCAUAGAGGUUUGCUCUGUAACUUUGUCUUGGCUUAAACUGCCUCAGCUGACUUUCAUACUAGACUCCUGUCAUUCAACAACCUGUUUGUGCAUGAGGAGAAAACUAUUAUACUUAAAUAAAAAAGCCGUGAUUAAAGUAAGGGAGGCUUUUAUGCAAUGUGAACUCCUUUCACCUUCAACUGUUUUUGACAUGAAGAGGAGCAGAAUGACACAGCAAAUCAAGAAAUGUAAAAAUGAAACAACUUGUAGUUUAAUCACAGUAGUAUGAAAUGAGCCGUAAGUAUUUUUAUUGCUUUUUACAAGCUGUCAUCUGUACAUAUUUGAUUGUCCUCUGUAAAAGGUUCAGGCCUUACAACAUGAUUUCUCCUGGAGACCAGAA